AUGUUUUGUUUCCUCAGUCUUGUUGGGGUCCUCGUGAAAACUAGACUCUUGAGUUCCGCGAUCACUCCUGGCGGCUUUUCCUCUGCCACUCCGCUAAACCAACCCAUCAGCAGCGCAAAAGACCUCCUCAAACGGAUUGAUCCCAUCUACCUCAUUUGGCCUCUACUCCCUUCUCUCUUCAUUUGUAUCUCGAUCCUCCCAGGCAUUUGUUUUCUUCUCCCUCGAAAGAUGGCGGAGAUCCACGCCAUCUGCACCACUCUCGGAGAGAUCUCCCGACGACUCAACAAUGUAAGUAGAAUCUCUGCAAAAAUUGCUAUUCACAUGCAGAAAUGCUCAGCAUGGUACAAGCAAAACCCGCGAUUGAGGAAAUGGUGGUCAACCGCUUGCUUGGCCAUCACGGUGUUUGUGGCAUUACAGAUCUUCAGUGCAUGGCGUCUUAGCAAAAAGCCACGGCAGACAUUCCAGCAACCCAAAGACACCAAGGCCACCGUCACAGCAUCCACACUUCCCACCUCCCAUACAAUAUGUCCCACACCCGUGCAACAGACUCAGCGCAUUAACGAUGGUCUCUCUUCGGAUCGACGGCUAUUGAGAGAGAACAACCACAAGAUUGUGACACCUGCGGUCACCCAACUCCUAUCCAACAUGUGCGGUCUGCAUCCUCACGAAGUCCUAUGGGUCCGCAGCACUGUUUCCGCUUGGCUCGGCAGAGUGGGAUGGGAAAGUGUCGCCUGGCUGUGGUCAUUUGUUGGGGGACUACCGAUUCGGAGGUCAUAAUAUGAUCAAGGAACCUGAAGGUGUCCUUUUGGUCUGCUACGUGGGGAAUUUAGGAAACACUACUGGCCGAUUUUGCAAUCCUUUCGUCGUUGAUCGGCUACUCACUGGUGUUUCCUCAUUUUUU